AUGCUGAGGAAAAAGUUAUUGCUUGCGCUGUGUCUGGUCGGCCCUUUGAGUGCCUUCUCCAGAAACAGCGAUUUUUCGACUCUUAUCAAAGGAGAUUGGCAGCAAUUGCAAGAUGACGUGCUGGAGCAAUUGGCAAUGAACGCCAUCGGGGACUCUGUCCCUGAUAAAGACGGCAAAUGUCCGCCAUGCUUCAACUGUAACCUCCCGAAUUUUGAGUGCAAACAAUUCUCCAAAUGCAAUCCUUUCACAGGGAGGUGCGAGUGUUUGGAUGGAUUUGGUGGUGACGAUUGUUCUGUUCCUCUUUGCGGAGCUCUGCCCGAUGGAUCGAACCGUCCUAAAAGAGAAGUCAAUGAAACAUGCCAUUGUGAAGAAGGAUGGGGAGGUAUAAAUUGUAAUAUGUGCCAGAUAGAUUCGGUUUGUGAUGCUUUCGUUCCAGGAGGAUUGAAGGGUACGUGCUAUCACUCGGGUAUCCUUGUCAAUCGGAAUUUCCAGAUGUGCGAUGUUACCAACUCCAAGAUCCUGGAGGUGCUGAAUGGGAAGAAGCCCCAAGUGACUUUCAGUUGCAACAAGACGUCGGCAAAAUGCAACUUUCAGUUCUGGAUUGCCGAGGAAGAGAGUUUCUACUGUGACUUGUCCAAAUGCAAAUUCAAUUACGACCUCGGUGCAAAUACAACACACUACAACUGCGAAGACGUUGCCUGUAAAUGUCUCCCGGGAAAAAUGCUAUGUGGCCAGGAAGGUUCGAUUGAUAUCUCGGAUUUCCUCACAGAGACCAUUGCAGGCCCUGCAGAUUUCUCUUGUGACGUGGCGGACAAGGAUUGCAAGUUCUCAGAGCCCAGCAUGAACGAUCUGAUCACCAAUGUUUUUGGAGACCCGUACAUCACGCUCCAUUGUGAGUCUGGCGAAUGUCUACAUGAGAGCGAGAUCCCAGGCUUUGACCAGCCUGGAAAGCCGAAAUUUGGCGUGAUUGAUCUAUUGAGAAUAGCAGGGACCAUUGUGGGCUGCGCAGCUAUCAUUGGAUUGGGAUUCUACGGUAUCAAACGGUCGCCGCUGUUUAUGGACGAAGGCGUUGUCCAACUGCCUCCAGAUGACGAUCCGGAUAUGCACGACUCUCUGCUCGAUGAUUACAAGCCUGCUAUAUUCUCGUUCGAGAACGUCAGCUACACAGUGGCAGGGAAAAGGGUUUUGAACAACGCUUUUGGACUCGUUGAGCCCGGCGAAUGUAUGGCUAUCAUGGGAGGAUCAGGCGCUGGAAAGACUACGUUACUAGACAUCAUUGCCGGUAAAAACAAGGGAGGAGAGGCGUCAGGUACUUUUUACGUGAAUGGCGAGCGCAUCACCACCAAGCAAGAUCUUGUGCAUUUCCAGAAAUCUGUUGGCUUUGUCAACCAGGAAGACUUUCUCAUCCCGACUCUAUCUGUCUAUGAGACUGUUUUGAACAGUGCGCUUCUGCGGUUGCCGAGAAACAUGUCGAUGGCCACCAAAAAGGCAAAAGUCAACCAAAUCCUUGCUGAACUGCGUAUUCUUCACAUUAAAGAUAAGCUUAUCGGCUCGGAUUUUGAACGAGGAAUUUCGGGUGGAGAGAAGAGAAGAGUGGCCAUUGCGUGUGAACUGGUGACAUCUCCGUCGAUUCUGUUUUUGGACGAGCCCACGUCAGGGCUUGACGGAUACAAUGCGUUCAACGUGGUUGAGUGCUUGGUAAGACUGGCUAAGGACUACAAGAGAACAGUGGUUUUCACAAUUCAUCAGCCUAGAAGCAACAUUGUGGCUCUAUUCGAUAAGCUUGUAUUGUUGUCUGAGGGACAGCUGGUAUACUCUGGCCUUAUGAGCGACUGCAGCAACUUUUUCGCAAGCAACGGGUACGUUUGUCCUGCUGGCUACAACAUUGCAGAUUAUCUCAUUGAUAUCACCGCUGGCGGCAGUCCGAUCACUACGCUUUCGCCUGUUGACGGCGAUAAUCAUGAGCACGACAUACAUACCUCGCUUCCUGCCAAUGACGUGGACGACCCUACUGGUGAAUGGCAGCAUUAUGCUUCGCAUCGCGACGAAUUUGGCAAUAGAGUCAAAAGUGCGGGCGCAACAUCCAAGUCGUCAAGUGUGGUCGUCGCUUCUAUUUUUGAGCAGUCGCUGAACGCCGAAAGAUUGCACUCGGAUAUAAAGGAGCUUGCAGAAAAGUUCAACAACGCGCAGCAAGAUAACAAUUCUGCAGGCUCGUUUUUCAAGUCACAAGGAGGCAAGACUAGAGCCAGCUUCUGGACACAGCUCACCAUUCUGUGCUCCAGAACGUUCAAGAACUCAUACAGAAACCCUAAGCUCUUGAUGUCGCACUAUGCUCUGGCCCUUAUCAUGGGACUUUUUUGCUCCUAUCUCUACUACGAUGUUGAGAACAAUAUCAGCGGCUUCCAGAACAGACUUGGACUCUUUUUCUUCCUGCUGACUUUGUUUGGCUUUUCAACACUUACAGGGCUGCACUCGUUCUCUGUGGAACGACUAGUGUUUGUGAGAGAGCGCUCGAACAACUACUAUCAUCCGCUGAGCUACUAUGUGAGCAAAUUAUUAUGUGAUGUGAUUCCGCUCAGGUUAUUCCCUCCUGUCAUUCUGAUGGCCAUCAUAUAUCCACUGGUGGGUCUGAACAUGGAGGGAAACAAGUUCUGGCUCUCUAUGCUGAUUCUCGUCCUGUUCAAUCUGGCCGCAUCGCUCGAAAUCUUGAUCAUUGGGAUUCUGAUCAAAGAGCCAGGUUCUGCUACCAUGGUAGGUGUGCUUGUUCUGCUAUUCUCGUUGCUGUUUGCUGGACUAUUUAUUAAUAAGGACACGAUUCCAGUGCAAAUUUCGUGGUUUGAGAAUAUUUCUGUGUUCCAUUAUGGCUACGAGGCCUUGGCGGUCAACGAGGUGAACGGGUUGGUGCUGAAGGAAAAGAAGUACGGGCUGGACAUCAACGUUCCCGGUGCUGUGAUCUUAAGCACAUUUGGAUUCGACGUCGGGGCUGUCAGAUUUGAUAUUUGCUGGCUAGCCGGAAUGGUUGGUGCGUUUGUGGUCCUAGGGUAUCUUGGUUUGCAUUAUUUUGUCUACGAGACGAGAUGA